UCAACACGGGAAGCGACAUUUCUGAUUCUUCAGCAGUUCCAUUUGUCGUCACUUUUUGUUGUUACCAUGACAUCUUCACCGGGCUCUCGGACUCUCAGUAAAGACGACGUCCAUUACAAGCUUCAUUUCCGGAUGAUAAACGAGCAACAAGUGGAGGAUAUCACUUUAGAGUUCUUCUACAAGCCGCACACCAUCACGUUACUGACGUUCACCAUUAUCAGCAUUAUGUACUUUGCCUUCACCAGAAAUGAUUCCGAUCCUGACAAUAACCUCCGGGUGGGAAUUGCACUUGUUGUCUCGUUUUUCCUUGUUAUCAGUCUCCUGGCUUUCCCCAACGGUCCGUUUACCAGGCCGCACCCAGCUAUAUGGCGCAUGGUUUUUGGUCUCAGUGUCCUCUACUUCCUUUUUUUGGUGUUUCUCAUCUUCCUGAACUUGGACCAAGUGAAGCUCUUGAUGUACUGGCUGGACCCCAACCUGCGUUAUGCAACACGGGAGGCAGAUGUUAUGGAAUAUGCAGUAAAUUGUCACAUGAUCACAUGGGAGCGCAUCCUCAGUCACUUUGACAUUUUUGCAUUUGGACAUUUUUGGGGCUGGGCCAUGAAAGCUCUGCUCAUCCGCAGCUACGGACUCUGCUGGACCAUCAGCAUAACGUGGGAGCUCACAGAGUUAUUUUUCAUGCACUUACUGCCCAACUUUGCUGAGUGCUGGUGGGACCAGGUCAUUCUUGACAUCCUGCUGUGCAAUGGAGGUGGUAUCUGGCUCGGCAUGACUGUGUGCUGUUUUUUGGAGAUGCGCACUUAUCGCUGGGCAAGCAUCAAGGACAUUCACAGCGCUACGGGGAAGCUAAAGCGUGCUGUGCUGCAGUUUACACCAGCUAGUUGGACCUAUGUGCGCUGGUUUGACCCCAAAUCUUCUUUCCAGAGAGUGGCAGGGAUUUAUCUCUUCAUGAUCAUCUGGCAGCUCACAGAACUGAACACUUUCUUCCUGAAGCACAUCUUCGUGUUCCAGGCAUCUCAUCCCCUGAGCUGGUGUCGAAUCCUCUUUAUCGGGAUCAUCACUGCCCCGACUGUGCGGCAGUACUACGCUUACCUUACGGACACUCAGUGUAAACGUGUUGGAACUCAGUGUUGGGUGUUCGGGGCCAUUGCUUUCCUGGAAGCGCUGGCGUGUAUUAAGUUUGGCCAGGAUCUGUUCUCCAAAACACAGGUCAUGUAUGUGGUCCUUUGGCUUGUGUGUGUGGCAUUCAUUACCUCUGUCUGCCUAUAUGGGAUGGUGUGGCAUGAGCAGAAAUACGGCGUGAGGCUGAAGAGCACGUCAGAUUGUGACGAUAGCAGUUUCAUUGACUCCUGUGGUUACGUUCCUGACACCAUUAAAGGUGAAAGAAACUCCAGCAACCCCCAGAUGUUACGUCAGAGAAGAGGAGGAGCAGAGAAUAACAAAGCUAACGGCACAAGCAGGAAACAGUAGUUGCGUUGAUGUUAGUGUCGACUCAACACACGGACCUUACACAGUAUACGGUAUUUAGAAAUCGUGAAGAAAGCUUUAUUUAGAAAGCGUGACCACAGGAUUGCGCUGUUUCCUCAUUAUGGCACUAAUUCUGCUUUAUUCUUUACGCACGUUCACUUAUUGCUGUUUAUCACCGUUUCUAAUUGGACAGUUUUGUAGUUUUGAAGAAGGACUUACAAAUGAAGGAAAAGCAAAUGAACAUAUUUAGUCAUAUCCACAUAGUCCUUAACUUUAAAUAUAGUGAAGAACAUUUUUGGGGUCCCUUUUAUAUAUGAUGGACUUUCUCAGCUACAUUCCUACCAAACAGCCUUUAACGCCACACAUGAACAGUAUGGCUGAAUAUAAAUUAGGAUAUUUUAAUGUAAGACAAAACCAACACUUGUUAUAUGCACUAUAUGUAACCUUACAAAUCCAAAGGAUGUUUUCUGUUCAGUCACUGUUCAGAAGGUACAAUAUGGUCCCCAUUGCAAUACUGCUUUUUCUUUUUUGUUAACAAUACCCAUAACAAUACCAAUGAAAUCCUGAUACUGAUAUUCAUCUGAUAUCUUUUCUUUAAAUCAUCUUUUGAAAUGAUAAAUAAAAAAAUCAAAAUAUAAAAAAUCUAAAACUGUAAUAGUUUAGUGCAGGGCUUCUCUAACAUUUGGUAUCUGGAGAAUCCUUUACCUGUAAAAGGAAAAACCUACUGCAUUCUCGACACACACAUUUAUUUAUUUUCAGAUGUAAUCUCAAAUCUUAGGCACAUGCAGUAAUUUUUUGCUUUUUUAUCAGAACUAUAGACCUUUUGAGUUGUAAUUUUCACUACUGUGCCAAACAUUUUACAAUCUUGAAGAUGGCUUUAAAAGAUUUUUAUGUCAUUCGUCCUACUUAGAGUUUAGCGUUUUUCUUUAGUUACAAAGUAACUUGUGUGUAUGUGUGUGUACUACGUAAACAAAAUGUUUUUUCACAAAAAAGUGCUAUGUUCUUUUUGAAGGUUAUGCCAAAAAAAUCAACGAUUAUAAAGGGUGUUUUCCUACUUAAUAAGUAUGGUUAAGGUGUUUUGUAAAAUAUAACAAAGGUGCUAUAGGGUUUAAUAAUUCAUUUGUAUUGAGUACUUAUUGUUUUUAAAGUCACUGUGAAAAAUGAGUAAACUGAUUGUCUGGACUAACAAAGCAGGAUGUUUAACGUGCUCUCGUUUCUCAAGUCCAGUUAGUGGUACUGCUUCACCUUUUCCAGUUCAGUGCCUUAGUGAAGCAUCUGGAAAAAUUACAGUAAAAGAAAUUCCAUGUUAGUGCCACUUCAUGGGCUGUAGAUGGUCCAGUGAUUUAGAGGUUUUCCCUUUAAUGAGUGACCACUAUUCCUGGGAGUUAGAGGUAAAAAAUACAAUCUUUUGGUACUAUUAUUAUUAUUAUUAUUAUUAUUAUUAUUUUUCUACCUUGGGGAAAUUUCAUCCUUAUUUUUCUGUGUGUGUCAUUUGAUAUGUUGUUUGUU